AUGGCUGCUUUCUCCGUUCCUCAACCUGUUAAAGUUGAACCCGGAAAAAAAACGAGACAAAAAAAAUGGAACAUUCGAGAUGAUCCUAUUACAUGGCAAAAUUGGUAUAAACAUAUUAAUUGGCUUCACACACCAGUUCUUAUUUCUACACCGAUUAUUGCAAUCUAUGGAUUUUACACAACUAAACUUCAGCUCUACACUGCAAUAUGGGCUAUCGCAUAUUAUUUUAUAACUGGAUUAGGCAUUACUGCAGGUUAUCAUAGAUUAUGGGCCCAUCGUGCGUAUAAAGCAUCACGCCCCUUUGAAAUUUUCUUAAUAUUUGCUGCUUCAGGUGCAGUAGAAGGUUCAAUUCGAUGGUGGUGCAGAGAUCAUCGAUCGCAUCAUCGAUGGACUGAUACAGAUUCCGAUCCAUAUAACGCACAUAAAGGACUUUUUUAUUCACAUUUGGGUUGGAUGUUAUUAAAACAAAAUCCUAAUACUACGGGUCGAGCCGAUAUUUCAGAUCUUAGUGCUGAUCCACUAAUAAUGCUUCAAAGUAGAUAUUAUGGGGUAUUUGCGAUAGUUAUGGGAUUCAUUUUUCCAACGGCAGUUGCUGGAUUCUAUUUUGCUACCAUAUGUCGUUUGGUUUUCGUUCAUCAUGCAACAUUUUGUGUUAAUUCUUUGGCUCAUUAUUUGGGUGAUACUCCAUUUGACGAUAGGCAUACUCCACGUGAUCAUUUCAUAACCGCAUUUUUUAGUUUAGGCGAAGGUUAUCAUAACUUUCAUCACGAAUUUCCCGGAGAUUAUCGUAAUGCCAUAAGAUUUUAUCAAUAUGAUCCAACUAAAUGGUUAAUUAAAACUUUAUCUUAUUUCGGUAUAGUGCAUCAUUUAAAAACAUUUCCGGAAAAUGAAAUAAAAAAAGGUCAAAUAAUAAUGUGCCAAAAAAAAUUAGAUUAUGAAAAAAAAACGAUAGAUUGGGGUAAACCAUUAGAUCAAUUACCUAUAUACACAUAUGAAGAAUACGAGAAAAAUGCUAAAAGUAACAAUUGGAUUUGUAUUGAAGGAAUCAUUCAUGAUAUUACUGAUUUCAUGGAAGAUCAUCCUGGUGGUAAAGCAAUUCUUAUUGCUUCCCGAGGAGAAGACAUGACAAAUGCUUUUAAUGGAGGAGUUUAUGAUCAUUCAAAUGCUGCCAGAAAUUUAUUGUCUUCAUUCCGUAUUGGUGUUAUAUCGGGUGGUGGUGAAGUUAUGAGUCAAGGAUAUGGAACGCCUCAACAAUAUGGUCAACAACAACCUGGUCAACCACCAUAUGGUCAACAACAUGGACCACCACCUCAAGUACCACCAGGUGCCGACUCUCAAUUAUGGUUUUGGUUUCAAGCGGUUGAUACUGAUAGAAGUGGAGCUUUAACCACUGAAGAAUUACAAAAAGCUUUGAUUAAUGGUGAUUGGAGUCCAUUUAACAUUGAAACGGUACGAUUAAUGAUGAAUAUGUUUGAUACAGAAUUUGCUGGUCUUUGGAGAUAUAUUGAAGAUUGGAAAAAGUGUUUUACAACUUUUGAUGCGGAUGGAUCUGGUACUAUUAAUUUCGGAGAAUUGAAAAAUGCCAUGAAAACUUUUGGAUAUAAUUUAAGUGAUAAUUUCAUUAAUCUUCUUAUUAAAAAAUAUGAUAAAUAUGCGGGCAAUAAAACAGGAAAGGGAGAUGUGACCUUUGACAAUUUUGUGCAAUCUUGUGUGACUGUUAAGACUCUUACAGACUCCUUCCGACGUUAUGAUACUGAUAACGAUGGAUGGAUCCUAAUUAAUUAUGAGCAGGAAGAUAUGGCUGCCGAAUCUAAAAUAGAAUUGCAACCUCCCCUUUCACCUUUUGGUAAUGCUGUUGCUGGUUCAUUAGGAGCAUUAAUUGCUUUAUUCAUAACUUAUCCUUUAGAUAUCACAAAAACACGGCUUCAAGUACAAUCUAAAAGCGAUUCGUCAAAAAUUGCAAAAAACGAAUAUUAUCAUUCGACAAAAGAUGCAUUAUAUAAAAUUAUAUCUUCUGAAGGAAUAUCUGGUCUUUACGCAGGAUUACCUGCUGGACUUAUAGGAGUUGCUUCCACAAAUUUUGCCUAUUUUUAUUGGUAUUCUUUAAUUCGUUCUUAUUAUCAAAACAAAAGGUCAUCAUCAUCAUUAUCCACUACCACUGAACUUAUUCUAGGUGCUUUUGCAGGAGCUCUUGCUCAAAUAUUUACUAUUCCUGUAUCAGUUAUUACCACAAGACAACAAACUACUAAAAGUCAUGAUCGUAAAGAUCUUAUAGGUACAACGAAGGAAAUUAUUUCUGAAGACGGAAUUACAGGAUUAUGGAAAGGACUUAAACCAUCUUUAAUAUUAUGUGUAAAUCCUGCCAUUACUUAUGGAGCUCUUAGUAAAACCAUUGCUACAAUAUUUACUUAUCCUUAUAUUAUGGCAAAAGUUAGGUUACAAUGGAAACCACCAAAAUCUGAUUUAAAAGAUGGAAUUGAUUUUGAAGAAUGUGAAGAAGAUUCUUCAAAUUUUAAAAGAAAUAUAAAAUAUAAAGGAGCGAUUGAUGUUUUGAGAAAAGUUCUAGCAACAGAUGGAGUUCAAGGAUGGUACAAGAGUUGA